GAUUAUGUUGUUUUUUGGGUUAUGGGAUUACACAUAAAGGAUAUUGUCUUUGGGAUCUUUUGUCACAAAACCUUUAAGUCUCAUGUUAUGUUGUCUUUUGGGAACACACUAUGUUUUCCUUGUUAUCAAACUUCUAGAUACAUUUGAUAAGCUCUAUGAUGCCUUUCCACAUGCUCCACCUGGUUUUAUAAAAGAUGCUCUACCUGUUGGUAAGGCAUUAGACAAUGCUGAGUCUUCUUCCUUUACCCUUUUUAUGUCACUUGUUGGAUCUAAUCCUGUUGAUAUUGAGCUUGAAAAUGAGAUCCUUAAUCCACCUUUAAGUCAUCCUACUCUGUCUAAUGGUUCCAUGGAGCAUUACAAGGCUCGUUUGGUUGCUAAAGAAUUCACUCAAGAAUAUGGGAUUGAUUAUGAGGAAACCUUUGCACCUACUGCCCGUCUUACUUUGGUUCGUAAUUUGAUUGCUAUUACUGCUACUAAAGAAUGAAAAUUGUUUUAGAUAGAUGUGAAAAAUGCCUCUCUAAAUGGUGAUCUUGUAGAGGAAGUUUACAUGAAACUACCUCCUAGACUUGAGUACCCUCCAAACAAAGUUUGUUGAUUGAAGCAAGCUCUAUAUGGUUUGAAACAAGCACCUCAAGCUUGGUUUGCCAAGUUUAGUACCACCAUCAAUGAAUUUGGUUUUACUUC